UGCUACAGCUCUCUUUCUUCUACCUCACGCCUUCUCUAUUCCGUCUCCUCGGUCUCUCUUUCUGCUCGUUCUCCAGUAGCGUACCGCAACGCUCACUAUCAUCCUCAACCACAGCCCUCGUCGCCGCAGUCCCAAUCCCUGCUCCAGCCGAUCACGGCAGCCGACUUGUUGAGGCAUCUGGGAAUUCAGGCGCCUCCGGCGCAGCAGUACCAUCAUCCACCAACGCAGCCGCAGAGCUAUUCCAUGCAUGGGAGAAAGAUCCACGGGCGCCGGGUACAAGUACAACUAUGGCUGUCAUGGGAGAGAGCUCUACGGGCGCCGGGCGGAGUGGGCGAGAGCUCCACAUGCGCCGGGCAGAAAUAUGGAUAUGACAUGGGCGAGACCGCGAGAGCUCCACGGGCGCCGGGUACGUGUACGUCCCGCACUAUGCCUCCAUCAGCACCUACGCCUCGCAGUUCGGCAAGAACGGCCGGCGCCCUAACCCCAUCGCCCCGGUCAACCCAUCGAAGCUAAGCCCCAGUGCCAACCAGUUCCAGCCUGCUAUGCACCCCAAUAAUCUCGCCGCAUACCGGGACGAUCACGACCCCGUCUUCAACCCGUACGCCUCCGCUUUCCAGAGCACGCUGUUCGCUAACCCAGCGGACGGCCGGUCGUGGGUCCCCGCGGCGGCGCCUCGCUGGUCCCCGGCCCCGACCCCGACGGCGGCGCAGGUCCGCUCGCGCAUGUUCCUCCGCCCGAUGGAUCCUGAACUUCUUGCGUCCCCGGUGACCUCGCCCCAACGUGGCCCGCCUGCUCGAGGACGGCGACGAGGACGUGCGGCGGAGCGUGCUCGCCACGUUCAAGAGCAACGCGCGCUGCUUCAUGAGAAGAGCAGCGCCGAGAGGCAGGCCGUCCUCCUCGCGCUGGUCCGCGCCUGCUUGUGGCGGCCCCACGAGAUCCAGGACAUCGUCCACGCCGUGUAUGACACCAAUGGCUUACUUUCGGGCGUCGCCAGAGUCCAGACACGAUGACGGGAACUAUCUGUUGCAGCGAGUCAUCCAGUGCGGCGGCGACCGCCUCCAGGUGGCCAUCGCCGAGCGCGUCGGGGCGGACGUGGUGACUGGUGAGCCUGUCGUUGGACCAGUUCGGGAGCUUCGUGGUGGAGUCGUGUUUCAUCAACGCGCGCUCUCUGGCGCCGCUGCGGCUCGUGACCAACGCGUUCCUGGCCUGGCCCUGGACGGCGACGAUCUCGCCGAGCUCGUGCGGGGCGUCUUCUCCAACUACGUCGUCAGCAAGCUGCUCCUCGUCGCCAAGGAGGUAUAUAUAAUUAAGUCGCCGUCGUUGCUGUCAUGAUCGAUAGUUUACGUAGUUUGGUUUGGUUUGCGUAUAAACUUGGCGAUUAUCGUUAGCUGACGACGACGACUCGUCGGCAGUCCAUGCCGGCGCAGGCCAUUGAGCUGGCGCAGCGGAUCGGGAGGCUCCCGGUGGCGGUCCAUUGCGACGUACACGCGCGCGGGGUGAUGGCGGCCGUCAGGAAGCUGAUUGAUGUUCUGUAAGUUGUCUUGGAUGGGAAUGCAAGCAUACUAUAUAGCUGUCAUUGUAAUUGUAGCCCAACAUGAACGGCGUUUUGUCUGUCAUCGUGUGUGUACGUGACUAUGUCAGUAUAGUAUGUGAUAACUACUUUUGUUCGUACCUUUGUAAGGUCAAAGGUUUCAGCGUCUCUGCGGCAACUUCUUCGUCACUGUGAAUAAGCUGUGUUGGUGUCGAUAUAAAUUGAUAGUACUAUGCUAUGUGUUAGAGCUCUAAAAGUUAUAUUGUUUGUAUUGUCGAGCAAUAUUAAUGUAGUUUUCGCCAAAGUUUUUUAGGGACUUUCAAUUAUGAUUUCGCCCUUAUUUAUUUAACUUCGUAUUUUUUU